GCUGGCAUUUUGUGCCUGGCUUUGCUCUGGGAGUGGAAACAGCAGCAGCAAAGCAGAAAAUUUCCCCCUGGACCGACUCCUCUGCCGCUUCUGGGCAACGCGCUGCAGCUGAGCCGGGGGGACCUGUUCACAUCACUGAUGGCGGUAAGUCGGCGGCAUGUGAAAAUCAACCCUCUGGAGAUUCCCAGGGAAAAGCCAAGCGGAGCUAAGGUUGAGGGUCCUCACCUGUACCUUAGGGUAAAAUAUAUGAGAGGGCUGUAAUAAUUUUCCUACAACCGAACAUUGUAAACCCGAUUAAGGUUACACUUAAAAGAAAUUCAAACAUGUUAAAUAACCUUAACUUUGUCCUUUGACACCCCUAAUACAUGUGCGAUUAAGUUCAGUGUUUGCGAGCUCAGCAAAGAUGAAGCCGAUUUUUACAGGCACAUUAGAAAUGUUUCCCACUUAUUUUGUCACAAGACAGAAUUAACUUUAACUCAGAAUUUCCUGGGUUUAUAAUGAGCUGUUAUGGGCUAGUUACAAUUCCCUUAUAUCGUGUACUUUACUGUAUGUUAUUGAGAUGUAUUCUCAACUGUACCUCCAUCUUGAUGGACUCGUUGUCUGGGAAUUUCCACGUGUGUGUGUUUCAGUUAAUAAUUCCAUACAUCGACAGUAAACAAGAAACCGAACGUGAACGUUAGCAUGUGAUAUUUCGGAAGACAUCAAUGAUCAACCUUCAAUCUUGUAAUGAAGUUUAAGGGUUGGAUCUGCUGGCAUGCACUCUCUGCUCUCACCUGCUCCGGAGCCAGAGAAAUGCAAAGUAGCCAGAGGGAGUGCAUAUCAGAUUUCCCCUCUGCCUCCUGGCCUUCAGUUACCCACACCUGCCUAGCCAGCUGAGAUCUGGUGCUACAAGGAGCUUUUUUUGGGGGGAAUUCGAUUAAUAGACACUUUUUGCUGUUUUUCAUAACUGAACAGCGAUUUGUCAACUGAGGCUGAUGCGUCAGAGCGUCAGAAAAACGCGCACGGAAUGGCCCUCUCUCCAAAGGGCCCAUUGUUCUCCACGAGUGCGCAGCCGGGAGUCUGCCCUGAUUCCAAGUCUCCCGGUCCUUUCUCAGCCCAAGGCGAGCUCAGCUAUUGUCUAACAGCUGUCGAUUUUUUAGCCCCCCCUGAGCGAGUGCCAUUCCCUCGUUAAAAGGUUUUUCUGCGUAUAUUCUUCUUUGGAGAAUGAAGCAACAAACAUAAUUCCAGUUCCCACCUGAAUGCCCGCUGCGGGAUCAGUACGGCCCGGUGUUCACGGUGCUCCUGGGCCUGCGGCGGGUGGUGGUGCUGUGCGGGUACGAGGCGGUGAAGGAGGCCCUGGUGGAUCACGCGGAGGAGUUCAGUGGCAGAGGAGGCAUGCCCUCGCUGGACAGGAUCUUCCAUGGUUAUGGGGUCAUCUUAGCAAACGGCGAGCGGUGGAGACAGCUCCGCCAGUUCUCGGUCGCCACCCUGAGGAGUCUGGGGAUGGGGAAAAGGACCCUGGAAGAGAGGAUCGCGGAGGAAGCUCGGUGUCUGGUGGAGGAGAUCAGGAAAACCAGAGGUUCUCCCUUCGACCCCAGCCUCCCCGUCAGCCACGCCGUGGCCAAUGUGAUCUCCUCCAUCGCCUUCGGGGACCGCUUCGACUACCAGGACCAGACGUUCCUGAGCUUACUCGACGUCAUCCAGAGCCUCUUCCUGGAGCUGACCAGCCCCUGGACGCAGCUCUACGAGAUGUUUCCAGGCAUCAUGCGCUUCUUACCCGGCCCCCACAACCGGAUUCUUAAGCACGUUGACGUGCUGCACAACUUCGUCACCGAGCGGGUGCAGAGGAACCAGAAGACCUUGGAUCCUGGCUGCCCUCGGGAUUACAUUGACGCCUUCCUCAUCAAGAUGGAAGAGGAAAAGCAAAAUCCGCUGAGUGAAUUCCACACUAAGAACCUGGUGCUGAGCGUAGUCCACUUGUUUUUCGGUGGGACGGAGAUGGUGAGCUCCACCUUGAGAUACGGGUUCCUGCUCCUGAUGAAAUACCCAGAGGUACAAGAAAGGGUGCAUCAGGAAAUUGAUGGUGUCAUCGGCCGAAACCGCAGCCCCGCUGCUGAGGACCGAAGCCGCAUGCCCUACACCCACGCCGUGCUGCACGAGAUCCAGCGAUUCAGCAACAUCAUCCCUCUGGGGAUUCCGCAUGCAGUGAUCCGAGACACCCAGUUCCAGGGGUACAUGCUGCCCAAGGGGACAGAUGUUUUCUGCAUGCUGGGCUCUGCCCUCCGGGACCCCAGACACUUCAGCGACCCAGAACGCUUCAACCCUGGGAAUUUUUUGGAUGAGAAUGGCGGCUUUAAGAAGAACCAUGCUUUUGUGGCUUUUUCCUCAGGGAAGCGGGUGUGUCUGGGCGAGGGUCUGGCCCGCAUGGAGCUCUUCCUGGUCUUUACUUCCGUCCUGCAGCACUUCACUUUGCAGUCACCCGUUGACCCCCAGGAAAUUGACCUUGCCCCAAAAGCGAGUGGAUUUUGGAACAUACCUCCCGAGUACAGGGUCUGUGCCCUCCCCCGCUGAGGAAUCGUCAGCAGACAUGCCAGGAGCGCAGUCACUGAUCGUGAAACAAACAGGGUAAGCGUAUGAUGGCCCCAAGGUAGCAAGGCUGGACCUGUGUAAAGGAGGAAGUUUUUCCAUGCUACGAUCUCAUUUGUAGGUCUUGACACUGCACAUUCCUGGACAAGUUACCGCUGGCCGUCACUCACGUUUUUUCUUUUUAAUGCCAAGAUAUCUCCAAAGUUGUGUACAGUUCUGGAAUGGAGAGAGCCCUCAGAUGGGGAAUGCUCAUGGUUUUGUGGUUGACGCACAGGAUGCCUGGGUUCUAUUCCUGGCUUAAGUGGUGGGGCUUGGGAGUGUGGCUUAUUAGAGGAGAGGAUGAGGAAGUUGUGCUCAUGAAUGUCUGUAGGAUUGGGAUCCAAGUAUAUGGCAGAGUCAGGAAAAGAACCCAAGAGUCCUGUUUCCUAGUCCCCUGCUCUAACCACUAGACCCCCCCACAUACACUUUCCUAGAGCUAGAAAUCCUCAGAAUUGCUAGCUCUGGGAAGGGAGUGAGGGUCUAGCACAGCGGUGUCCAAUAGAAAUUCGAUGCUAGCCAUGAUGCUAGCCACACUUGUGGUUUUGAAUUUUUCUUAUUCACCACAUUAUAAAAAAGCCACAUGCAUUAGCCACAAUUCAAUAGCCUAUUCAUCACAUGUGGCUAGCGGUGAACGUAUUGGACACCUCUGGUCUAGCAGUUACAGCAGGGGAGUAGGUGUCAGGACUCCCGGGUUCUUUCCCUCUCUCUGCCAUAUACGUGGGUCCCAAUCCUGCAAUCACUCACGCAUGCGAUGGCUGAAUUAGAUCGAAACUGAUGCAGGAGCUCUCACCAUGAUAGCUACAGCUGGCCACAACAAACAGACAUGUCCUUUGAGAAAAAAUGAAAAUAUAUAUUUUUAUUUCAGAAAGCUGUGAGUGGGGGAGGGGGAAUAAAAGGGGGAG